ACGAAUAGAAGCCAAGAUGUAUUUUCCCACUGCAAUUAUAUAUUUAGUGAUUGUUGUGGCGGCAGUAGAUCCAUCCUUAAAUCAGAGUAUAACUAUUGAGGAGUCCCCGGAUUUUGUAGAUUACGAUGGUGCCCAAGCAGCGGCCUCACUUGCAGAAAUUGGAGUAACCCAAGCCACAAUUAUAACGGCGACCCCAACAAUUGACAAUCUGUACAAUUCUUCUGGAAUAGUAAGCACAGGUUCUUCAACAACAGAUGCCUCAACAACAGUAACAUCUGCAACAACAGAGACUACAACCGUAGAUACUUCUUCACAAACAGAAACGCCCACAACAGUAACAUCAUCAAUAGAUACUUCUACAACAGAUACUUCUUCAACAGAUACUUCUUCAACAGAUACUUCGUCAACAGAUAGUUCUUCAACAGAUACUUCUUCAUCAGAAACAUCAACAACAGAUACUUCUUCAACAGAUACUUCUUCAACAGAUACUUCUUCAACAGAUACUUCUUCAACAGAAAGUUCAACUAUAAGUUCCACAAGUUCUACUACAGUAACCGUUCCCACAUCAACUGUUGCCACUACAACCACUGCCCAGCCAUCAGAAGAAGAUAUAUUCUUAGCUCUUCUCGCUGAGAAUACAAUUGCUCUGACCAAGUCUGACUUUUUGGCUAAUAUUGUGAACUCGCAAACCUCAAACAUAGUUUCAGGCUUAGACAAUCAAGUCAAGUCCUUAGCCCGGAUUAAUGACAUCGAAAAGCUCCUGUUGAAUGUGACGGGAUCUCUUGCGGUUUCAGAAGCCGAUCUUUUGCAAAGCUUGGUCAACUCCAUAUACAAAGUGGACUACUUUGGAAAUCGAACUAUUAAUACUGUCUCUUAUUUGCUUAAGUUCCAAGAAUUAAAUCGUGACCAUGUUAAAAACUUUUCGAGUAAACUUAUAGAAAUGCAAGAGGAAAUCCUGCGCAACUCAAAAGGAUUGGACGAUAAGCUAAACCUGAUUAACCAGAUACUUAAGCAAUACAUCACUCCAAAAGUUAAUAGCUUGAAGGACUCAUUUGGCAACAUAAAUGAAUCCCAGGUUAUGUCUGAAGCUGAACUGAAAAAUCUGCCAUUGCUUAGAAAUCUCACCGAGACUUCCAUUAUUAAAACGAAAUCCCUCCUUAACCAGCUGGCCAUAAUCAACCAAACUCAAGAUAAAAGUCUAUACUUGCUUGAGGAAGCUGUUCAUAAACCGGAGUUUUCCAACCUUAAAAACAUUAAUGAUCUUCUUCACAGCUUAAGCAUUUCUCAAAAACGCAUAGACUUGGCAUUUUCGGUUUGUGAGAAUAGAGGUUCGGAAUAUAUUUCUAUAGAAUAUGAACCUUUUUCGGAUAAAUACAGCAACGAGUAUAUCAAAAGCCCUUUAACUGACUCCAAAAACUGCUCCUGUAAGGCCAACAUCUACGAUGAAUUUUCAGAAGGAUCUUGGAAUAUUCCGACAGCAGUAUAAAGAAUUAUAUAUUUCAAAGAACUUAACUUUAGUGUUCCUAAACCCUUUGUUGGAUAUAUUAUUAGGCAACAUCACUAUUAUAUUAUGAAGCACAUACACAUACAUAUAUUUCAAAAUAAACUACUCUUUCAAAGCUAUAAAAUUGCCCAACCCUCUUCAGGAUGCCGAAUUAAAAACACUUUAAAGGCCAAUACUUGAGAAAUACAUUUGGUGUUUCGAGUUUUCCGUUGUCAAGCACAAAUUGUGCAUGGCAAAUAUGCGGACUAUUUUGGCUGGCUAUCAAUUUACGGACAAGGGAACACCGUGAAGCAGCCAGGCGAAAUUGAUACCAUGAUACCAUGAUGUCGGGGUACCCAGAACAAAUCCCAGACCAAAACGAGAACUACAAAUGUCUUUCAGAGGACGGAGAGGAUGGCGCGAAACAAAAGUCAAAACAAGCGCAACAUGAAUGAACCUUUUAACAUACUUGUAGUUACUAAUUCCAGGUGACAGGCGACACAAUGAGUCGGAGUGGAUUUUUCAUUUGUGGCCAUUGUUGGGCCCACAAGGGGUCCGGGAAUCGGGUCUCGGUGUUUUUUUGGGAAGAGGAGCAGCCCAUAAACAGAGGACACAACACAGUUGUAACAGCAACACGGCUACAAAAGUGACCAAAAUCAGGGGCUACUACCGCUGCCGCUGCCAAAGUAGUAACAGAUGCGAAGGUGUUGCCGUUGCCCUCUGAGGGACCCGCCAUCGGGAGUCCCGCAUAUCUCCGGGACUGUGGCCAAGAGCAUCUCUCCGGGCACACGACAGAUCCUUUUCCCUUUUGCUUAAAUUCCAGCUUCUUUCUUUCCUUAUUUAUUAUUUUUUUUGGCACAAGCCGGGCAAUAAAUUAUCAGAUACAAAAUCGAGUCGAGGUCGAAGUCAAAACAAAGGCAUAAACACUCGAUGGACGACUGAGAUGGCAACAAAGCACGCACUCGACCAAUUGACGACACAAAGGACCAAAACAAAAACCAGAAUCGAAAUCGGAAUCAGAAGCAAAACAAAACAAAACAAAUCCGAGAGUCAGCACAGAAUGCAGAAUGAACAGAAGUAUGCCCAAAAAGCCUGGCUUGAACCGAGCAGCGCAUAAACACUGACAACAUGCUGCGACAUGGAAUGGCUUGGAGAGUCGGGGAAGUCCCACAUCCAUGGACAUGGGGUCCUACACCCAAAACAAUCAGGCUUUAAUAAGUACCUAUUACAUAUAAAAUGGGAUAUGUAUUCCAUGUUUCCGCUACUAAAAAGAUAUACCACUUUUAAGACCUUAGUAAAUGCUUGUUUGUAAUACCCAAGUACUUAUUUAUUGUGUGUCAAGGAUAACGAAAGAAAUAUA